CACUCACACACAAACACACACACGCACACACGCACGUACACACACGCUCACUCCCUCACAAAUUGAUCAGAAAGAGACGAAACGAGGUGUACGUUUCCUAUCUCUCUUUCUCUCACUCUCUCUCUUUUUCUCUAUCUAAGGAAGUGAGAGGUAUGCAUUGACCCUUCACCUGUAAUAAGGCUGCGGCAGGUGCGUCUGUGUGUAUUAGUCUACCUGUAUGACUAAUUAGAAACAAUGAGUGUAGUGCAGGUGACAGUGGACGGUGCGAACAGGUGAAGGUGAAGUGAAUCUAUUUUUACAAGACGGAUGAUUAGUGAAGUUUGAAAAAGGAACGGAAGGUUUGAGGGAAAGAAGCGCACGAGACAGAACUUGAAGGCUUAAAACUGCUUCGCUUCCUGUGACUCGCCAACACAAGGAGAUUAUCUUUGUUGUUGUUGUAAGGGGUCGAGGCGGUAAUGUCGUCAGUGGUUGAGGGGCAAGGGCGAAAGGCAGCCUGGCAGGGGAGCCUCGCCAGCCCUAGCCAGCGAGUAGCGGCUCUCCUCCACUCUUCCAAACUGUCUGACCUCACCAUUACCCUGCCAGGCCUUCAGAACUCUAUCAAGGCACACCGUCUAGUCCUGGCCAUGAGCUCCCCAGUGUUCGAGGCCAUGUUGUACGGGCCACUAGCAGAAGGUCCUGAGGUUACCCUGAAGGAGGACCACCCUGAGGCACUCCAGUGGGUCCUCGAGUAUAUGUAUCGCGGCCACACCAGACUCCCAGAAGUGGCGCUGACGGUGAAGGUGUACCAACUGGCCAGCAAGUACCAAAUGGAGGCUCUUAUGUCACUGUGUUCUGAGUUCCUGCAGGCGACGCUGACGGCCGCUAACCUGCCAGAGAUUUACGACACUGCCAUGCUGCUGGAGGACACGAUGCUGCUGGAGAAAUGUUCGAAGGUAGUGAAUCACUCCCCCGCCUCCGUGCUGUCCUCGCCACACAUGGGCCGCCUCUCCCGCCCCGCCCUCACCCACCUGCUGCAGCAUCCCCUCCACAUCACCUCGGAGGUCGUGCUGCUGGAGGCCCUGCUGAGAUGGGGCCACGCGCAGGGGACGCGGAAGGAGUUGCGGGAGGAGAUCGAAGAGUUCCUGCCGCAGGUUCGCUUCCUAACGCUGACUACGGACGAGUUCGUGGAGCACGUGAUGCCGGCCGGCGUGCUCACCCUGUCGGAGAUGACGGCGCUGCUGAUGAGCAUCAAGCAACUGCAGGGCGUCUCGCUGCCGCCACUCUGCUGCCCUGAGCGGGAGAAGAGACUCUGCUAUGAUGAAACACUGCUGCGCUCCAUCACCUUGGCACCUCGCGCCGCCUCCUCGCGCUCCAGGAAGCAGGCACGCGGCAGCAACUUCGUGCACGCCAUGAACGAGCAGAUCCUCAUCGCGGACCUGCGCACGGCCACGCCCCUACAGCUGGCGCGCAUCGAGUGCCGCGCCAUCCACCCCACCAGCGGCACGGCUUGCGUCUGCCUCAAGGACAGCGAGGGUAACCUGCUGGCCAGCGUGACGGCGGAGGGGACGGAGGCGCGCUUCUCCGGCCCGGUGACACUAAAGCCAAGCGCUGCCCACAGCGUCACCGUCAGCCUGGAAGGGCACUGGCCGCGCGGGGAGCUGGGCGAGGCCGCGGCCAUGCAGGACGAGGUGCGGCUCACUGCGCGGGUUGCCUACACUGAGGGGCGCUCUGGCUCUGUCACGCUGUACUUCUGGUCCUUUAAUUGACGGGCGGCGCCUCUCCUACAGGCAGCAGGUGUGGCCCUCAGGGAUCGUGGAGUGAUACAGAACACCAGAAGCAACACAACACACGCUUGAAGACUAGGAACACACGAGCAACGAAACACAUGCUUAUAAAACCAUGAACGCCUCAAGACACACACACACACACACACACACACACACACACACACACACACACACACAUACACACACACACCCGGUAACUGGCUUCACAAGCCAGAGGACCGGGGUUC